UCUCCACAUGACGAUGAUCACGCCGAUAGAUUGAUUCAUCUAGUUGGAACGCUAUCUUACGUAAAUUCAUUUAGGUAACACUAUCUUAUCAAGGCAAAAGUGGACCAAAAGAUUAUUAUUAAACAUUAAUUUCCAAAACAAAACAUUACGCACCUACGAACUAUGCAAACGCGAAUCGACUCAAACGCGUCAAAAAUCCAAAAAAUCGUCAAAAUUCGCCAAAAUUUACCCAAACUAAUCACCGCCUAACUGUAAAAUCGGUAAGGUGCGAAAGUAAAUAUAUACUGCUGAUAAGACAAAACUGUACGAUAAGCGUUAGACCUGUUCGACGAAUACUCGUACACAAAAUAAAAUUUUGAGUAACAGUGACACAUGAGUACGAAAACCGAGCAAGUGCAACUGGAGAUCUGUAACCCCUCGGAAAUGGACGAAAGUAAACAGUUCAGGGUUAACCACGGAGGCGACUUCUACAACAUCUACGAUUUCUUGAACAACCACCCCGGAGGCACAAACUAUGUCAAGCCAUUUCAAGAUAGAGAAAUCACCCAGCGGAUGCAAAACACCCAGCACUCGAAGGCCGCUUACUACCUCCUGAGGGAAUACAAAAGCGGAGGCCGCGACACCGGCGAUAAAGGUGAACAGGAAGACUUGGAAGCCCUGGUGGAUUGGGACAAGCCCAUGCUGAGCCAGGUGGCGGGACUAGGGGCGAGGUACAACGAGUGGGUGGUGUCUCCCGUGGAUAGGCAGCUGAGGCUGUUCGGUAACCCGAUUCUGGAGAGCUUGACCAUCACGCCAUGGUACGUGGUGCCUCUGGUCUGGGUGCCCGUGAUAGUGUAUUUUAUUAUCUAUGGAGCGAGGAAAUACGUACAACUCACGGAAGACACAUCUCCAGUUUUACCCACAGUAUUAAGUGUUAUAUCAGGAAUCGUACUAUGGACGUUAAUAGAAUAUUCCCUACACAGAUGGGUGUUCCACAUGGAACCUUCAGGAAAAUCAAAAGCUAUGAUUUAUGUACAUUUCGCCAUACACGGCCUUCACCACAAAGUGCCUUUUGAUCCACGCAGACUAGUGUUUCCGCCUUUUCCAGCAGCCGUUAUUGCCUAUGUGUUGUAUCAAAUAUGUACCCUAUUUGUGCCCGAGUCAAUCAUUGUUCUUGUAGUAGCAGGAGGACUGACAGGCUACGUCAUAUACGAUAUGAUUCACUUCUAUUUGCAUUAUGGAGCACCCAAAGAAGACAGUUACUUUUAUCAUUUGAAGAGAUACCACAACCAACACCAUUUCGCGCACCAUGACAGCGGCUUUGGAAUCAGCAGCGUCUUUUGGGAUAAAAUUUUUGGUUCAGCGAUCAAAAUGAGAAAACUCGCUAUGGCUAUAAAGUGGUGAAAGUCAAAUCGUACAAAUCGACCAAGUUUUUAAUGUGUGUUCGUAAACAUGUGUGAUUUUUUGUCGUAAGACAUAUCUAUUGUGUAAAUUUAUUAUUAUCUUGUUACUAAGAUUUUUUGAUGAUUAUAAAUAUAUUUUUUGAUUUAUUA